GGUUUUCCAAAGGUGAAUUCAACAACUAGGAGUGGCUGUAUUUAAGUGACACAUUAGGAUGUGUCAGUAUGCAUUCAUCCAAGCAGGACUAGAAUCAGCAAGCAGGUAAAAUGGAUUUGUCUGAUGCUCUGGGUGAUGAGGCCUCCUCUGGACAGCAGUUGAACAAUCAGGCUGGUGGACCAGCGUGGCCCGGGCAGCCCGGCCAACCAGCGUGGCCCGGUCAGCCCGGCCAACCUGCAUGGCCCGGUCAGCCCGGCCAACCAAAUCAACCAGCGUGGCCUGGUCAGCCCGGCCAAUCAGCGUGGCCUGGUCAGCCCGGUCAACCAGCGUGGCCCGGUCAGCCUGGCCAACCAAAUCAACCAGCUUGGCCCGGUCAGCCUGGCCAGCCUGGCCAGCCACAUCAACCAGCGUGGCCCGGUCAGCCUGGCCAAACCAUCCCAUCUGCUCCUCAGCCAUUUUCCAGUGGACCUCUGACGGUGCCAUACGACGUGGUCCUGCCCAGAGGAUGUUAUGACAAAAUGCUGAUCAGCAUCUCAGGGCAGAUCCUUCCCAAUGCUAACAUGUUUGCAGUCAACCUCGGCCGAGGCAAUGAUAUCGCCCUGCAUAUUAACCCCCGAUUCAGUGAGGAUGGGAGGCAGGUCAUUGUGAGGAACAGCCUGCAGGGGGGGAACUGGGGCAAGGAAGAGAGGGAGUGUGGCUCGUUCCCCUUUGUUCGCGGAAAGCCUUUUGUGAUGAAGAUACUUUGCACCAAUAAUGAAUUCAAGGUGGCAGUGAAUAACAGUCACCUCCUGGAAUUCAAGCACAAGAUCCGUGACCUCAGCUCAAUCAACAACCUCAACAUCAUAAAAGACAUCACCCUCACCUCUGUCACGGUGGAAACUCUGCCCUGAAAUGCCUCUCAGUAAAUUGGCUUACUGCCCCCUGUUGAUCACAAAUCAUUAUUACCUGUGCAUUCAAAAAGGAUGAGGUUAAUUUUGCAUGCCCAUACACUGUACUUUGUCUUGGCAAAAAAAAGGCAACGUAUAUUUUAUCUGUACAAUAUGUGAAAAGGAUACUUGGGAUACUCAGUUACAAAAAAAUAUUCUCAUGUAUUUUGUACAUUUGAACACAUGCCAUAUAUUGCAAAGAUGAUAGCUCCUGUUUUCCAGUAAUAUUACUGUGGGGAAUAAUUUUAAAAAAAUGCCAGUUUCUGCUUUGUGUUUUCUUGUAAUGCUACUGAUCUUGCUGUAGUAUCAACCUGUUGCAUAUACAAUAAAUAAGGGAAGGACAUGUCAGAUAGGCAUUAAAGGGAAACACCAAUUCAACAGAAGAGAA